AGCGUUUGGCGACCUAUCAACCAUCCUGCUGAAGAUAACACGUUGACCCUCUGUGAUGGGUCCGCGAUCGAUGACAGCGACGUUGUUGAAGCCGACCACAUCACUCGUCAGUAUCUAGAAUCCACGAUGUACGGACUGUUUUCACGAAAACACAAAUGGUACUAUCUGAGCAAGCAAACCCCCGAGGAAUUGUAUUUUUUCAAGAUAUUCGAAUCUGAUCCUGGUGGAGUUCGAUGUUUAGAAAGGUUAUUCUGA